UAUUAGAGAGAGAAGUAAACAAGAGAGAGAAAUUAACAGGAGAGAGAAAAUUAAGUAUUUAAGAGGAAAGUGCAUUGGUCACCUCUCCUUGGUCCCCUUGCAACAAGUUCUCUCUUUCUCUAUAUAUUACAGUUUGCAUUCAAACACAAGCUUCUUUCUUCUAUUUCUCUGUGUAAUGUGUUUUUCUGGGUAUCUUAUGAAAUGGCGAAAAGUUGGCUUAUUGACUGUAGAGGAAUUGCCAAGAAAGUGAGACAUGCAACUUUAUCAUCAGCUGUGCCAAUUAAAGAUUGUGGAGCAAAGCGUGAAUGUCCAGUAUGCCAUUUUUGGAUUGACAAUAGCGAUGUUGCUCAUGAAUGGCCUGGUCUCCCAGCUGGUGUCAAAUUUGAUCCUUCUGAUGCACAACUACUUGAACAUCUUGCAGCAAAGUGUGGUGUAGGUGAUGUUAAACCUCAUACGUUCAUCGAUGAAUUUAUUCCAACACUUGAGACAGAUAAAGGGAUUUGCUACACCCAUCCUAAGGAUCUUCCAGGAGCAAGAAAAGACGGAUGUAGUGUUCAUUUUUUCCACAAAACUUCAAAUGCGUAUGCUUCUGGUCAGCGUAAGAGGCGUAAGAUCCAAAAUGACCAAAACCAGGAGAAUGUCCGGUGGCACAAGACUGGCAAGACAAAACCUGUAAUUGAAAAUGGAAUUCAGAAGGGCUGCAAAAAAAUCAUGGUUCUCUAUAGAACUUCAGAAAAGGGGUCCAAGCCUGUGAAAUCGAACUGGGUGAUGCAUCAAUACCACUUAGGCUUAGAAGAUGAUGAGAGGGAAGGUGAAUAUGUGGUUUCAAAGAUAUUUUAUCAGAAAGAAAAGCCAACGGAUCACACAAAUGAUAAUAGUAUAGUUGCAAUUGAAGAACCUAAUGCUGUCACAGUUCCAUACUGUCCGAAGACUCCCAAAACUUUUACACCCCAUCCUCCUCGAGGAACUUCUAUCAUGAAUGAUGAUGCCAUGGAUGAUAGCAUGGUUACUGAUACUGAGGAUACAAAAUAUGCAAACACAGAUUCUUGUUUUCCACUAUCUACACAAUAUAGGGAAGAUGUAAAGCCUCUUACAUGCCUGGCAGGAGAGUCUCAGGCUCAGGAUCAGGACCCUGACCUGAAUGACAACGAUGACUCGUUGCUCUGCAGAGAAAUUUUUAGUUCUUGUGCUCCUCUUGACGAUAGCAUUAGCCUGAAUGACUUGAGUGAUGGAGUCUAUAAUGGAUCGUAUGGCAUUAGUGACCUUGAUAACAUACAACUCGAUUCCCCUCCUAAUUUUCAGCUUGCGGAUUUACAGUUUGGUUCACAAGACAGCAUGUAUAGUUGGUUGGACGAGCUAUACAAGUAGUGUCAGUCGAUGCUUGCGUGCGUUCACCCACAUUUUCAGGCGUCAAUACAGAUUCAAGAGAAUGAGAAGAUUGGAAGACAGUUGAAGCUGAUGGGCUUCCUUUUUCAUUUGUGUUUAUGCUUAAUGUUAAGCAAAGGAAAAUACAAAAUAUUCAAUGUUUGCCUGUAUGAUUCUGAAUUCUGGCUUGUAAAACAAACUGUUUAUGCUGUUAACUCAUAGUCGCAUAGUAUAUAUCAUGGUUUGAUAAUUA